UUCCAUACGGACCCUCGUUCCUUCUCGCUUUCUCGGGAGCAAAACGUCGGACACCGGCGGCCUCUUUCGCCGCCUCCAUGAGAAAACCCCACAAGCUUCUGCCCAACUACCUUCUCCUCUACCGACACACCAGGCCCUACACCUCAACCGCGGCCAACCCCGUCCCGGCCGCCUCCGCCGUCCUCCGUGACCUCGAUCUCCUGGACGCCGGCGAGCUCGCUCCGACCCCGCGCGUUUACCACACGUUCAUAACCGCCUGCGCGCAAUCCAAGAACCUCGAGGAUGCCAGGAAGGUCCACGCGCACCUGGCCAGCUCCCGGUUCGCCGGCGACGCCUUCCUCGACAACUCCCUCAUCCACCUCUACUGCAAGUGCGGCAGCGUGCUGGAAGCGCGGAAGGUGUUCGACGAAAUGCGGAGGAAAGACAUGGUUUCCUGGACCUCGCUCAUUGCCGGGUACGCGCAGAACGACAUGCCGGAGGAGGCCAUAGGGCUGCUCCCUGGCAUGCUGAAGGGGCGGUUCAAGCCAAACGGGUUCACGUUCGCCAGCCUCCUCAAGGCCGCCGGUGCUCAUGCUGACUGUGGCAUCGGGAGGCAGAUCCAUGCUCUCGCUGUGAAGUGUGAUUGGCAUGAGGACGUCUAUGUCGGGAGCGCGCUCCUCGACAUGUAUGCCCGGUGUGGGAUGAUGGACAUGGCCACCGCAGUGUUUGACAAACUUGACUCCAAGAAUGGGGUUUCCUGGAACGCACUGAUUUCUGGGUUUGCAAGGAAGGGUGAUGGAGAGACUGCUCUGAUGACCUUUGCGGAGAUGCUGAGGAACGGGUUUGAGGCGACACAUUUUACGUACUCCAGCGUCUUCAGUUCUAUCGCUCGUUUAGGUGCACUUGAGCAGGGGAAGUGGGUACAUGCACAUAUGAUUAAGUCUCGGCAGAAAAUGACUGCAUUUGCUGGAAACACAUUGCUUGACAUGUAUGCAAAAUCAGGGAGCAUGAUCGAUGCUAGAAAGGUGUUUGACCGUGUGGAUGAUAAGGAUCUAGUUACUUGGAACACAAUGCUCACAGCAUUUGCACAAUAUGGACUGGGGAAGGAAGCAGUCUCCCAUUUUGAGGAGAUGAGGAAAUCUGGCAUUUACCUGAAUCAGGUCACCUUCCUUUGCAUUUUGACUGCCUGUAGCCAUGGAGGACUGGUGAAGGAGGGCAAGCGCUACUUUGAAAUGAUGAAGGAGUACGAUUUAGAACCGGAGAUUGAUCAUUUUGUUACGGUUGUUGCUCUUCUUGGCCGAGCUGGUUUACUAAAUUUUGCUCUGGUCUUUAUAUUUAAAAUGCCCAUUGAGCCAACUGCUGCAGUUUGGGGAGCCUUGCUUGCGGCUUGCAGAAUGCAUAAGAAUGCUAAAGUAGGACAAUUUGCAGCUGAUCAUGUCUUUGAACUUGACCCAGAUGAUAGUGGUCCACCUGUCUUGUUGUAUAACAUAUACGCAUCCAUGGGCCAAUGGGAUGCUGCUGCUAGAGUGAGGAGGAUUAUGAAGACAACUGGUGUGAAGAAGGAACCUGCAUGCAGUUGGGUUGAGAUGGAGAAUUCUGUGCACAUGUUUGUGGCAAAUGAUGAUACCCAUCCACGAGCAGAAGAGAUAUAUAAGAUGUGGGGUCAGAUAAGCAAGAAGAUUAGGAAAGAAGGAUAUGUCCCUGAUAUGGCUUAUGUGCUUCUGCGUGUGGAUGAUCAAGAGAGGGAGGCAAACUUACAGUACCACAGCGAGAAGCUCGCGCUUGCAUUUGCGCUGAUCGAAAUGCCUGCGGGGGCAACAAUUCGUAUCAUGAAGAAUAUUAGGAUAUGUGGGGAUUGCCACUCUGCAUUCAAAUACAUCUCCAAAGUUUUUGGAAGGGAGAUUGUUGUGAGGGACACAAAUAGAUUUCACCAUUUCAGUAAUGGAUCUUGUUCCUGUGCAGAUUACUGGUGAUUCUGCCAAGAUUUGGUGCGUUUAUGAAUCUACAAGGCCAUGGGUUGAUUCAGUAACAGCCAACAAGAACCUUUCUAUGGACUUAUGAUAAAGGCAAAACCAUUUCUGCUCGAUUCUAUCUGUCAACGGAGCAAACAGCAUGCUGUGGCCCUCAAGACCAUUCGACAUCCUUCAUGCGGGAUGGACCCCAGAAGACAUGUGCUUUCAUCCCUGCAGCACAAUCACUAAAAUUUGGCGGGUUGAGAAAGCAGGAUCAUUGUCUGUGUGUGGCUUAUGGGUUCCUGAGAGGAAAGUAGGCCUGCAUUUGGAGGCGCGAUCUCCGACUGGAAACACACUGCAAUCCACAACUUGAAACACACUUCAGGUGGCUUUCUUAGUUUCUUUCAGGUAAAAGUUUCCAACAACCUAUCCUGCUCAUACGUGCUAAUGAAUGACAGUCUGCUGAUUUCCAUAAGGAAAAGCAUUCCCGCCAGCGCGCCGGCCGAAUCGAUCUGUCAGUCGCACACGAGUCAUGCGAUCCGCGUGGAUCUAGCGGCCGCGUUGCCUCGCAUAAUAUGACAAAUCGCCUGGGCCCGUCACCAAUUGUUUUCCCUUUCUUUAGGAGUGCCUAGAACUCAUCUAUAUAAGAUAUAAUUUGGUCUCAUUCAUCUAAAAACAAAACCAGAUAUAAAGUAGUAGUACAACUCAUGUCAACAUACACACAUCUUAUAGUCACAUCCAAUGGCUAUAAAAGGUGAGUGAGACAUAACUAAAACUCAGCUAGAUGAAUUUUAGCAAAACCGUAUUUCUUUUCUCUCA